UCUGAGCUGUUGCUAUGAGGAAACCUCGCAGGAGAUCCCGGCAGGCUCUAGAAGGAAGACGGUCUCCUUCACCAUACAGUUUGAAAUGCUCACCUACUCGGGAGACUUUGACAUAUGCCCAGGCCCAGCGAAUAGUGGAGGUUGAUAUUGAUGGACGUCUCCAUCGCAUCAGCAUUUAUGAUCCACUAAAAAUAAUCACAGAGGAUGAGCUGACUGCCCAGGAUAUUACAGAAUGCAACAGCAAUAAAGAGAACAGUGAGCAGCCACUGUUUCCUUCUAAAUCCAAGAAAACUCAAUCUAAAGGCAAAAAGAAGGAGUCAGGCACCAAACAUGCUCCUGGGACAUCUUUCCAUCUACCCCAGCCCAGUUUUCGGAUAAUUGAUUCCCUCAGCCAGCCAGAUGCUCCAGCCCUGCCUACAACAUAUUAUCAGUACACUGAGAGACCACUUGAGGACACAGAUGCUGAAGUGGAGUAUGAUAUGGAUGAGGAGGAUCUGGCUUGGCUUGAUAUGGUUAAUGAGAAAAGGAAGAAUGAUGGCUAUGGUUCAGUUUCUGCUGAGACUUUUGAAUUACUGGUAGAUCGACUGGAGAAGGAAUCAUACCUGGAGAGCCGUAACAAUGGGCCCCAGCAGACUCUGAUAGACGAGGAUGCAGUCUGUUGUGUUUGCAUGGAUGAUGAGUGUCAUAACAGCAAUGUCAUUUUGUUUUGUGACAUUUGCAACUUGGCUGUCCACCAGGAAUGCUAUGGAGUGCCCUAUAUCCCUGAGGGACAGUGGCUUUGCCGCUGCUGUCUACAAUCUCCUUCCCGCCCUGUUGAUUGUGUUUUGUGCCCAAACAAAGGUGGAGCCUUCAAACAGACCAGUGAUGGUCACUGGGCCCAUGUUGUUUGUGCCAUCUGGAUCCCUGAAGUCUGUUUUGCAAACACUGUGUUUUUGGAACCCAUUGAGGGAAUAGACAAUAUUCCACCAGCUCGCUGGAAGCUGACUUGCUACAUCUGCAAGCAGAAGGGCAUGGGAGCUGCUAUCCAGUGUCACAAGGUGAAUUGCUACACUGCGUUCCAUGUUACCUGUGCCCAGAAGGCUGGUCUCUUCAUGAAGAUUGAGCCCAUGAGGGAGACCAGCCUCAAUGGCACAACAUUCACUGUACGCAAAACUGCUUAUUGUGAAGUACAUUCCCCUCCUGGCACAGUGAAGAAAGGGCGUACAGCUACUGUUCGUGAAGGGGAGGAGGAGAUUGCAAAGAAUGAAAAAGAGGAUGAGGGCACUCUCAAGAACAAGAGUAAAGUGAAGUUGAAGCAGAAGGUAAAGAAGGAAAUCUGUGCUUCUGCACCUUUGCUGAUGGUCACACAAAUCCCUUCUUACCGGUUGAAUAAAAUAUGCAGUGGACUCUCCUUUCAGAGAAAGAAUCAAUUUAUGCAGAGGCUUCAUAACUACUGGCUGUUAAAGCGUCAGUCAAGAAAUGGAGUCCCAUUGAUACGACGGCUGCAUUCUCACUUACAGUCCCAGAGAAAUGCAGAACAGAAAGAGCAGGAUGAAAAGAACAGUGCAGUAAAGGAAGAACUGAAAUAUUGGCAGAAAUUGCGACAUGACUUGGAAAGGGCACGGUUACUCAUUGAACUGAUCCGUAAGCGGGAGAAACUGAAACGUGAGCAGGUAAAGGUUCAGCAAGCUGCUAUGGAGUUACAGCUCACACCUUUCAGUGUGCUGCUUCGCACAACACUGGAUCUGCUACAGGAAAAGGAUCCGGCCGAGAUCUUUGCAGAGCCUGUAAACCUGAGUGAGGUUCCAGAUUACCUGGAAUUCAUUUCCAAGCCAAUGGAUUUUUCUACCAUGAGGCGGAAGCUGGAGUCCCACCAAUACCGAACACUGGAUGAGUUUGAGGAAGACUUUAACCUUAUUGUUACCAACUGCAUGAGGUAUAAUUCUAAAGACACAAUUUUCCAUCGAGCAGCUGUCCGAUUGAGAGACCUUGGAGGGGCAAUAUUGCGCCAUGCACGGCGGCAAGCUGACAAUAUUGGUUUUGACCCCGAAGUGGGGAUUCACUUGCCUGAAUCACCGAAGACAGAUGAUUUUUAUCGUUUUUCUUGGGAGGAUGUAGAUAACAUUCUACUCCCUGAAAAUCGGGCUCACCUUUCUUUGGAGGUACAACUGAAGGAGCUAUUGGAAAAGCUGGACAUGGUAAGCACCAUGCGGUCAAGCGGUGCUCGUACCCGUCGCAUUCGCCUCUUGAGACGUGAAAUCAACUCCAUCCGGCAGAAGCUAGCCCAGCAGCAGAACAAAAUCAUGCCAAAUGGAGACCCAGCUGCUUGGGAGGAGGGAUUGGACAAGAUGCUACAAGAAGACUGGGAUGAGGAUGGGGAGAAAGCAGAUGACACCAAGCCCCCACUUCCCCCCACCCUGGAGCCCACAGGACCUGCACCCUCCAUAUCGGAGCUGGACUCUCUGCAGGACCCUCCAACUCUCAAACCCAUUAGCGAAAGCAAGUCCUUGAAAAGACUACAUAAACGGCUGAAGUCCGAGGGCAAGUUCUUUGAUAAGAAGACACUGCAGAGGGAGAGCCACGCCAUCCAGCGCUUGCUCAGCGACAACGGCCUGAACGGAUUGGCCCUUCAGGCCACGGGCUCUUCUGUCAGCCCUCCAUUUAGUGGAGUGGGCAGGCGGACAUCUGUCCUUUUUAAAAAAGCCAAGAACGGGGUGAAACUGCAAAGAGGUCUGGACUGCCCCCUUGAGAAUGGAGAGGACCACAACCAGAGUGGGCAGCUCUCCCACUCCAGCAUAGGGGGUGAGCGGCCAUCCCGGAAACGGCCACAGAGUGGGAGCUGCAGCAAGAGCGAUGGCGAGAAAUCCCCCAGGCAGGCAGGAGUGACAGCAGUGACCAAUGGCUUCAGGAAGCAUAGAGAGAGUGGGUCUGAUUCAGAGUGCAGUUCUGGCCUUGGCAGUGGUCUCCCAUGUGAUGUUUUGAGUGGUCUGAUUCCUCACAAACGGAGCCGAGGAAAGCCUGCUCUUGCACGGGUCCCAUUCUUGGAUAGUGUAAAUGGAGAUUUGGAAUACAAUAGCUCAGGUAGAAAUCUACUGAUGCCUUUCGAGGAACAAACUGAACUAGAACCACUGGAGCUUGUGUGGGCAAAGUGUCGUGGCUAUCCUUCUUAUCCAGCAUUGAUAAUUGAUCCUGAGAUGCCCCGAGAGGGUCUCCUUCACAACGGAGUCCCUAUCCCUGUUCCGCCUCUGGAGGUAUUGAAGCUAGGAGAGCAGAAACAAGCAGAAGCUGGAGAAAAGCUUUUCCUUGUCCUUUUCUUUGAUAACAAGAGGACAUGGCAGUGGCUUCCACGAGACAAAGUUGUCCCCCUUGGAGUAGAUGACACAGUGGAUAAACUGAAGAUGAUGGAAGGACGAAAAACCAGCAUCCGCAAAUCUGUCCAGGUGGCUUUUGACCGGGCCAUGAUCCAUAUGAGUAGAGUCCGGGGAGACCAUCCUUUUGUCACGCCAAAUUAUCUGUAGGGACUACAAGAAUCUGCUCUGCCAUCCCUUUUCACCCCAAUAAUAUUAUCUACGUCCAUAGGAACUGUGGCGGAUGUGCACUGAUUGAUAGGAUCAGUAGGAUUCUUCCGUGCUGUGGAUUUUUGGAGGGGUGUUCAUAGGAGAGAGGCACUAUUCCUAGCUGUAGGGAAAGCUCCUGUAAAGUCCCUGAUAUGUGCCAAAUGUCUGUCUGGUUUCUUUUUGAAUACGUCUUAAUGAAGAACCAGCAGGAGAGGAAGUGAAGGAACAGUCUGACCAGCAAGAGGAUGUCAGGAACAGCUGCACUGUAAUGCCUUGACCCUGGCAGAAUCUUAGAUCAGGUUAUAUGAGAAGGGAAAGCUGAACUCAUUUGCUGGCUGGAACUGAAGCCCUCCCAGGCCUCUUGGGUUUUCAGUCCUGAAGCGAGUCCUGAAGAAUUUUCGGGAGUCUGCCAGCAGUGUGAACAGCCCCAACGUGGAAGACAUAUGAGUGCCAAAUUUACAGUAAUAUGCAUCAUACUUUUCACGUCAUUUUUAAAGCGCUCAUUUGCCUCACUGAAUCUAUACAUGCAUAGCCUAGUCUUUCAAAUCUUAUGCCUAAAAGAAAUACAAAGAAAACAUUUUGGUUGAGUUCCCCCUUUCUCUCAUGCACAUUUAAAUGUGGAGAAGAAAUCUCUAUUAGAAUGUUUUGUGUGAUUAAGUUUAUGAAGUUGGGUUUUUUUACAUUUCAGUUCAGUAAUUCAGGAGCUUCAACUUCUGAUAAAUAGAUUAUUAAAACUGGGCAAAACAGUGUUUUAAAACAUCCCUCACAUAGCAUCUAAUUUCUUGCAACAACUUUGUUGUAUAGUUAGCAGUUGAGGAAAAGAUAGAUUGUAUCCAUAGCCCAAGCUCAAAGGUGCUACUUAUAGAUCUCUUGAGUAGUGGCUGCCCCAUGCACAUAACUGUCUCUCGGAUGCAUAAAUCUUGAUGGUUGCUGGGUGCAUGUUCAGCCUCUUGUCCAUGCAGAGAUGAUAAUACAUUUCUCAUAGAGGGAUUGGGGGUCUAUUGCACACCUCGCUGCAUGUGCAAAACUUUCUCUAGAUCUGAAUGAUGCAGUCCCUGCUUGCCAUGAGUGCCAUAUGUACAGUGAAGUGUGCAACUUUGGGUAGAGGUAUCUGUAUCAAACCACAAUUCCUCUUUCCCCCAAAAAAUCUCUGCCAUCUUGUUUUGUGAUAAUCAGGGUGUUCUCUGUCUCCUUGCUCACAUGAAUAUGUUACAGUUUCCUACUUCACUUUCCCAUAAGUGCUUCACUUUCCACUUCCCUGCUCUUUGAGCCUCCAUUAUAGAGAUUCGUUAGAAGCAGAGCACAGCUCCUCAAAGAAUACUAUUUUUAAAAAACAGGGAGUGCAGAAGACUGCAAACUGACAAAGUAUUUCAUGUUUGAAUUCUGAUGUACCUUAGAUUUUUUUUCAUUUUAAGCAUUAUGAACCAAAGGUGCAGAGCAAGAUUGUCAUUUGAAUAAAUCAUCAUUUUUCUUUUAAAUUCAUUUUUAAAAAUUUAUGUUUCAUACUAAAAAGAUUGUGGAACAAAAGAUUAAUAAUAGGGGGCGGGGAAUCACUGCCAGUUCUAUGUGGUCAGCUUUUUAAAAAAAGUACCACAUCUUAUAUAUUGGGAUACAUCUUAUAUACAACCACACUUUAUGGAAAAUAUCUGUAACAUAUAAAGAUGGGGAAUAGGAAUCUUUUUUUAAAAGUCAAUAAUGCCUAAAGAGUGUGGCUGCAGAAGGAACUUAUGUACAUAGUUGUAAAAUACAGUUCUAAAUUAUUCCGGCCGAUUGUUACCAUUCUUAAAGUUCUCAGUUAUGUUGCUGGGUCUUUUGUAUGCACACAGUGUAAUUAAUUUAAAGCAACAUACACUUUUCCCAGGUUGUAGCUCAGCUGUGGACUUGUGACCUGUGUAUAACUGUUUUAAGAUUUUGCAUUUGACUUUUAUUUCAUGUUUUUAAAACUGCAUUUUAAGGAUUUGAAUUGGCUAAUUAUCCUGCUGUUGCUAUGGGACCUAAACAUGACUUGUCAAUCUGCUGUAAAGCACAGAUGGCUCUAUUUAUUGUAGAAAGUGAAUUUAUUUGCUUUCUAGAACUGUUUAUAUCAGAUGGUAUAAGAGGUAAUAAAAUUCUAUGCUUGUAAAGAAAAAAAUGCUAAUUUUACCUACUAUAAUCUGACUGUCUGAAACUAUAUUUUCUCUCUGAGAAAUAAAUGUUCUAAUGUAAAACA